AUGGAACAACUUCAUGGGAGCCUUCGGAUAGACAGGGUGGGGAGUAUUGCAAAAGAUGAUGCUAGUGAGAUUGAGAAAGCACAGUUGGGGAAGAAGAAGCACCUCCGUAGUUUGGGAGUAAGAUUCCAGGAAGAAGAUGGAGAGCAGAGAAAAGGUGAUGACGAAAUCGUGAAAGCAUUGUUGCAACCACAUGAAAAUUUGGAACGUUUAUUCAUUUUCCACUGCCACGGCACAAUCGAGUCUCUCUAUCGAAUAAAGUCUUUACAGAAUUUGAGACAUGUUAAUCUUUAUGAUUGGAGAUUUUGUGAAGUUUUGCCUCCUCUUGGAAAAUUGCCAUCGCUUGAAGUUUUAGAAAUUCAGAAGAUGGAUAUUGUGAAAAAGGUGGGAGAUGAAUUUUUUGGAAUAGAAAAACAAGACUCUGAAACUCUCUCUGCAGGAAUUCUGUUCCCUAAACUGAAACAACUCUCUUCUUGGGGCAUGUUCAAAUGGCAAGAGUGGGAAGGAAUCACAAGGGAUUCAUCUGAAAUCAUAAUAAUGCCACGCCUUUCUUCCUUGGAAUUUUGGGCGUGCUCACAGCUCAAAGCACUGCCAGACUUCCUCUACAACAUAACAGCACUUCGUACCUUGACAAUCGAGUUUUGUCGAAUUCUCAGACGAGAAUACGAAAAAGGCGUAGGGAAGGAGUGGCACAAAAUUUCUCACAUCCCAAAUGUCAGAUUUAAGAAUUAA